AUGCCAGCUGCUACCAUGGUAUCGCAAGGGCCUGCUAUCAUUGUGCCUGAUGCCAGCAGUGACAAUACGUUCAAUCAUCACCAUCACAACAACAACAACAACUUUGUCGCCAAGCGGAAGAACUCUCUACCACCCUCCUCGUCCUCUUCUUCUUUUGAACUUGAUACCCGAUCACCCACAUCACCCACUCAUUACUUUAAGCAGCAACUCUAUAACCGUAGCAAUGGCGGCUUUAGUGAUGCACCUCAGUCUCUUCCCACUCCACCGUUGCCAUCGUCAGAGGAAUACAGCUAUCCACCACCUUCAUUGCAACCUCAUCAACAACAGCCCUCUCCGCCUUCAUCCACCGGCUUUCCUUCGUCCGCAUUCAAGGACCACGAUCUUGAAUCGGAUCUCUCGACUCGCCAUGUUGACUCGACCCAAGCGAAUCCCUUGCAAAAUCUUGUCAACCUUGUGGUUCCUCAUCAGUUCUCGUUAUCGGACAAUCUCAAAUUCAUUCUCAACUGCUGCAUGUGGUAUUCAUCAUCAUCGUUGACCAACAACACUGGCAAGCAGAUCUUGAACGUCUUCAGAUAUCCUGUCACGUUGACCUUUGUGCAAUUCGGCCUCGUGGCGUUGUUUUGCUAUAUGGCAGCUGUGCUCUUCAAAAUCACCGACAUUCGAAGACCAACCCAUCGGAUAGCAACGACCAUGUCUCCGUUGGCAGGCUUUUUGAUUGUGGGUCAUGUAUUUUCAAGUAUCGCUAUUAGCAGAGUACCCGUGAGUUUGGUACACACGAUCAAGGCAUUGGCACCUUUGUUCACAGUGAUGUUUUAUCGAUUCAUUUUCAAUGUCAAGUACUCAUCCAGUGUUUACGUAUCUUUGUUGCCACUCACUCUUGGUGUGAUCCUCGCUUGCACGUUCACCUUCUCCAACAAUCUGAUUGGCUUGAUCUGUGCAUUCUUGUCCUGCCUUGUCUUUGUCACGCAAAACAUCUUUAGCAAAAAGUUGCUAUUCAAGGAAUCCAAUCUCGGCAAAGGCGAUCCCAACAAACUUGACAAGAUGAACAUGCUCUUUUAUUCGUCAUUGUUAUCCUUUGUACUCAUGUCGCCAUUGUGGUUGUAUUCGGAUGGAGGUCGACUCUUAUUCAGCAGCGAACAAGAACAACGCGAUGUCAGCACAACACAAUUGAUCGUCUACUUUGUGCUCAAUGGUAUCACCAACUUUUCUCAAAACUGGUUCGCGUUCACGACAUUGAGUAUGACUUCGCCUGUUACGUAUUCGAUUGCCUCCUUGGUGAAGCGUAUUUUCGUGAUUGUGAUGAGCAUUAUUUGGUUUGGUCAAGUCGUGUCAUUUGCACAAUGGAUCGGUAUUCUUUUGACCUUUGUUGGAUUAUGGAUGUAUCAAAGUGCCAAGCGGGAUGUCGAUCGUGGAGAAUCCAGGAUACGGGAGAAAUCUUUGGAUGUAUUACCUACUUCUUCCUCAGCAACGGCGGAUGUGGGUAGCGGCGACAAUGUUGGAUCAUCGUUGCAAUCAUGGAUCGCUGGACGAUGGAAUGCUGCAACGGCUGGAAGGGAUACCAAGAUCCACUAA